UUUCCUCCUCCACCAACGGUGCGUUUUAUCCAACUAACAUUCAAGAUCACCCGCCUUCUCCACCCCACAUAUAAACACUAUCACCAUAGUUACUAAGCUUCAAGCUAUGGCUUGAAAAAUUGAACCCCUAAUCAAAUCAACCCAAAAAAACUCGCAAUUUCAUCAAAUUCCUCCUCAAAAAUCACAAUGCCACUAUCCAAUUCCCUCUCAUCAUUUUCUCAACUCUCAAUCCCACUCAUAAAACCCACAACAUCACCAAUUCUCACUACAAAGCCUCACUCAAUCGCAAUCAAAUCAUCACUAAACACCAAACCACCGAACCCCAAUUCAAAUGACCAAAAACCCAGCUCAUGGGUCAGCCCAGAUUGGCUAACUUCACUCACGAAAACCCUCACAUUGAAUCAGAAAAACGAUGACUCGGGGAUUCCUAUAGCGAGUGCUAAGCUUGAGGACGUGUCUGAUCUUUUGGGUGGUGCAUUGUUUCUUCCUUUGUUUAAAUGGAUGAAUGAGUAUGGCCCUAUUUAUAGACUUGCUGCUGGGCCUAGGAAUUUUGUUGUUGUUAGUGACCCUGUUAUUGCUAAACAUGUGUUGAGAAAUUAUGGUGAGGGGAAGUAUGCUAAGGGUCUUGUUGCUGAGGUUUCUGAGUUCUUGUUUGGCUCUGGUUUUGCUAUUGCUGAAGGUUCUCUUUGGACGGCAAGGCGCAGGGCUGUUGUUCCAUCUCUGCACAAGAAAUAUCUGUCAGUUAUGGUUGAAAGAGUAUUUUGCAAGUGUGCUCAGAGAUUAGUGGAUAAGCUACAACCUGAUGUAAUAAAUGGCACUGCUGUAAAUAUGGAAGCAAAGUUCUCUCAGUUAACUCUUGAUGUAAUUGGUCUCUCAGUAUUCAACUACAAUUUUGAUGCACUCACCACCGACAGCCCAGUCAUUGAUGCUGUUUACACUUCAUUAAAAGAAGCAGAGGCUCGUUCGACUGAUCUUUUGCCAUACUGGAAGGUUAAAGCUUUGUGUAAGAUAAUUCCUAGACAAAUUAAAGCUGAAAAUGCAGUUACAGUAAUCAGGCAAACUGUUGAAGAACUUAUUGCGAAAUGCAAAGAAAUUGUGGAGGCUGAAGGUGAAAGAAUCGAUGAUGAGGAAUAUGUAAAUGACUCCGAUCCAAGCAUCCUUCGCUUCUUGCUUGCCAGCAGGGAAGAGGUUUCCAGCGUACAAUUACGGGAUGACCUGUUAUCAAUGUUAGUUGCUGGCCAUGAGACAACUGGUUCAGUGUUGACUUGGACAUUGUAUCUUCUAAGUAAGGAUCCUUCAUCAUUAUUGAAGGCGCAAGAAGAAGUUGACCAAGUACUACAAGGAAGGCAUCCAUCCUAUGAAGAUAUAAAGAAUUUAAAGUAUCUUAUGCGCUGCAUAAAUGAGUCGCUACGUCUCUAUCCACACCCUCCUGUGUUACUAAGAAGAGCUCAAGUUGCUGAUGUACUUCCAGGAAAUUACAAGGUUAAUGCUGGCCAAGACAUAAUGAUCUCAGUGUACAAUAUCCAUCGUUCUUCAAAGGUGUGGGAGAGAGCAGAAGAGUUUGUGCCAGAAAGAUUUGACUUGGAAGGUCCAGUGCCUAAUGAAACAAAUACAGAUUUCAGGUUUAUUCCUUUUAGUGGAGGGCCGCGUAAAUGCGUUGGUGACCAAUUUGCUUUACUUGAAGCUAUUGUAGCCCUCGCAAUCUUUCUGCAGAAUUUGAACUUUGAACUGGUUCCUGAUCAAAAGAUCAGCAUGACUACCGGAGCAACCAUCCAUACAGCAAAUGGUUUGUUCAUGAAGCUCAGUGAAAGGAAAAAAGUUGAGGCUUUUGCUUCUUCCGUAAGGGAAAUGGAAUUUUUGUUAGGUUUUAUUCUAAUGAAGUGGGCAUCACAUAAUCUCUAAUCUUAAUGUGAUUUGGCGCAAGCUAAACUGGGAUUUAUGCUCUGAAAAUAUUUCCAUUUUCAUGCAAUGAAAUUGAUUAGGGGUCCAAAGAUU